GCAAGUCAGGUCGAGUGACUCGGGCCAAACCAGCAAAGGGUGGGGCAGAGAGAGAGAGAGAGAGAGAGCGAGCGAGGGAGGGGAAACAGCCCGUCAUCCAACCUAGGGCAGAAGGGAGCAUUCUCCAUCGCUUACGUCUCGCUCGCGCUCUCCUCCCUCUUUGCUCGAUCUCGGGAGACGGUGGCUGGCCGGGCGAGGCUUGCAAGGAUUUGGGUCGACAACUCUGCUGAUCGACGGUUGAUUGAGCAAUGAAGUCUGCAAUGUGGUUUCUGUUAAUUGUCAACCUUGUAGACAUUCAAGAAAGGUAGCAUUUGGGUCUUGUUUCUGUCAAUGCUGUUGUGAAGAAAUCUAAACAAGCUAUGGAGCCUUUUGGUGGAUAGGAGCAAUGGAGCUGGUGGAGCACCAUUCUUGGCUUUACUAUCUAUUGUGUCAACAAUGACUGGUCGUUUAAGUCGUACAAUCUAUGUUGGCAACCUUCCUAUAGAUAUACGAGAAUCAGAAAUUGAAGAUUUAUUUUACAAGUAUGGUCGCAUAGUGGAAAUUGAACUAAAGAAUCCACCUCGGCCGCCUGGUUAUUGUUUUGUUGAGUUUGAAAGUUCUAGAGAUGCUGAUGAUGCAAUCCGGGGUCGUGAUGGCUAUAAUUUUGAUGGCCACCGUUUAAGGGUUGAGCUAGCCCAUGGGGGCAGAGGGCAGUCAUCUUCAAUUGGACGGAGCAAUGGAUAUGGAAGUGGGAGGGGCAGUAAAUAUGGAGUUUCCCGCCGUUCUGAAUAUCGAGUUGUUGUUCGUGGGCUUCCUUCUUCAGCUUCAUGGCAAGAUUUAAAGGAUCAUAUGAGAAAGGCUGGGGAUGUAUGUUUUGCUCAAGUUUUCCGGGAUGGUGAUGGCACUAUGGGUUUGGUUGAUUAUACUAAUUAUGAGGACAUGAAGUAUGCUAUUCGGAAGCUUGAUGAUUCCGAGUUCCGAAAUCCCUUCUCGAGGUCCUAUAUUCGAGUAAGAAGCUAUGAAGGAAGCAUGUCGAGGAGUCGAAGCCAAAGCAGGAGCCUUAGUAGGAGCAGAAGCCCUAGACGGACAAGUCAAUGGAAAGACCUGUCUCUAGAUCGCCAUCAAAAUCUGUUUCUCCAAGAUCUAGAUCUGUUUCUCCUCCCAGAUUUUCAAGAUCAAGAUCUAGGUCGAGGUCAGGCUGAUUGUGUGAGGAUCCGGUACCAUGCAUUGGAGCAGGAAGAAAGAAGAAAUAAAAUAAGAAACACAAUCAAAUACGUGGAUCAGCCAAAAGGCUCGCCUUCACGGGGCAUGCAAGCUUCACUAUGAGAAAAAAAAUUUUACAAGAGGAGAUCACACCCUCAACCCUCGCACAUCAAGUUCUCUUUCAACAAGAAGCUCUCCCUCACAAAAGCUCUCUUUAGGAGACCCCUUGAACCUUUGAAACGAUCGCUGUCCGCUGCCUGACAGUCUGCCUGAAGCUCUUCUGCUCUCUGUAGGUGCCUCUCCAGGGUCUGUUGCCUGUUACCAUUGUCGAACUCCCUCUGCUGCGUCUCACAGUUAUGCCGAACACGCCACACCACCGCUUCAGGCCUCGGUUGCCCACAGGUCUUCUUAAAGGCUUCAAAUCGAGUACAAAGUGUGUACUACCCAUCUCUAGACUCCAUUUGGGCUGCUCUUGAGCUCGUUGGACUCCGUUCGUCAUCCUGGAUCUCGUUUUGGACUUAUUGUGGAUCGAAUCUCGAGAUUUUUUUUUUCAACAAUCUUCAUCUCGACUCGAUAUUCGAUCUCUUCCUGAUUCAGAGCUGGAUCUUUUUGUCCCCAUGUCCUGGGACAAAUGCCUGUUGAUCAUGGAUGGACAAAUAUAGGAGUCAAGCCAGGCUGCUCUAUCCCAUCUCCAUCGUAUGUCAUGCUCCUGACCUGAGACCUGCUUGGGGUAGUCUCCUGUGGCAAUAAGAAUCUCACAUUGCGAUAUCGCCUCAUCCUUUCGAAUAUUGCAUCUCGUGCCUGAUUCACCUCCAUCUGGAGCUCCGUCUCGCUCUGGGCUCCUCCUGGCUUCUAAAGCUCCAUCUCGCACUGGGCUCUUCAUCAGGUAGUAAUGUCCUAUUGUCCUCUUCUUUCUCUCCAAUAUCACCCUAUCGUCGUGCAAAAUCUUCAGGAUUCUCUAUCAGCUCUCCAUUUGCAGCCGAUCGAAUUCAGUCUGCUCAGUAAGAUAAGAUUUCGUCUGAAAUCGGGUAUGUAUUGGAUCUUCAAUCUCCUCACUGCACCAUAUAUCUUUCAGCUGACUAUCCCGAUGCCUUUGAUCGCAUAGCUCGAUCCAUUUGGCAGAUGGACAGUGCUCUCACUGCUCUUUAUGAAGUCAAACAGCUCCUCUGCAACAUACAUGAUAGGUGCAUGCAGAAUCUAAAAUUCACUGUUGGAAAGAACUAGAUACCUCGUUAGAUAUCAUCAGGACAUCAUCCUCUGACUUCGCUACUGGCUAUCACUAUAGUAGCCCUCGUUCAAUCUCUUUGUUGUGGACAAUCCAAUUUGUUGCAUCGGUAACAUUUGAUCUUGCUCAAGUCCCUUGUUCUGGACUUGGACCGCUUUCGUCACGAUCUUCUAUUGCUCCGUUUGCUAUCACCUGCUCUUCCAAAAACCAUCAAAGCUAAGCUGUCGUUGUUUGAGUUCGAAGCUGGGUUCUCUCUCCUGAGAAUCUCAUUUUGGAGAAUCGCCAUGGUGAUCUCGUCCAUCUUAAUAGUUCUCUUUCUUAUUAGAAGAGCAGUCAUCAAGGACUCAUACGAAGGGUAGCAAGACGAACGCCCUGAUUUUCUCCUUAACUUUCUCACCAACAUUGAGGAAGUCGGUGAAGAUCUUCUGAAAAGUGGUUGAGAUGCUCCUGCACGCUGUCUCUCAGUCAUCCGCAGUUUGUAGAACUGC